CCCCCCCCCGCCCUCCACGCUGUCCCACAAACACACGAGCGGAGCGAAAGGGAAGCGCUCGCUUGUCUCCGUUCGGUGCGCCAACGCCGAAUUCGGGGAGAGAUGACGGGGGGCCGCUGGGCCGCGACUGGACUGCUUCUGUUGGCUGUUUGGGUCAAGGUCGACUACGUGAGGGCCAACGACGGAGAUGCAGUGUUCAUCCGGGAGUUCGCCCUGAUCCGACAGGAAAACCUCUCGGAGGACCUUGUCCACGAAACCAGCCAAAAACCCGAGGACCCGAGCUCCCGGACGGCGCGCUCGGAAGAGGACGGGGACACCCUGUGGGACGCCUGGGGGCCGUGGAGCGAGUGUUCCCGGACCUGCGGGGGAGGAGCGUCGUAUUCCCUCAGGCGGUGCCUCACUUCCAAGACUUGCGAAGGGCAGAAUAUCAAAUAUCGCACAUGCAGUAAUGUGGACUGCCCUCUGGACGCCGGAGACUUCCGGGCUCAACAGUGUUCGGCCCACGCGGACGUCCGCCACCAGGGCCAGUAUCACGAGUGGCUGCCCGUCUACAAUGACCCGGACAACCCGUGCGCCCUCAAGUGCAAAUCUAAGGGCUCGGGGCUGCUGGUGGAGUUGGCGCCCAAGGUUCUCGACGGGACUCGGUGCUACACUGAGUCCUUAGACAUGUGCAUCAGUGGGCUGUGCCAGGUCGUGGGCUGCGAUCACGAGUUGGGGAGUGGGGCCAAGGAGGACAACUGCGGCGUGUGCGGUGGCGACGGCUCCUCGUGCAGGCUGGUACGAGGGCAGUACAAAUCCCAGCAUUCCUCGGGAAAAACCGUGGACACCGUUGUCGUCAUCCCAUUCAAGAGUCGACACGUGCGUCUUAUCUUGAAAGGCCCGGAUCACUUGUAUGUGGAGAGCAAGACUCUGCAAGGGGCGAAAGGCCAGCGCAUCUUGGAGAAAACGGGCCAGUACCAACUGGAAAACACCACCUUGGACUACCAGAAACUGCCCGACAAGGAAGUGCUGAGAAUUCCCGGCCCGCUCGGGGCCGAUUUCACCGUACAAGUUCAGUUUGCAAGUGGACCCGAUAGCGUCGUCCAGUACUUAUUCUACCAACCCAUCGUCCACCGGUGGAGGGAAACAGACUUCUUCCCUUGCUCUGUGACAUGUGGUGGCGGGUACCAGCUGACGUCGGCGGAGUGCUUUGACCUGCGGAGCGGCCGAGUGGUGGUAGACCAGUAUUGCCAUUACUACCCCGAGAACGUCAAGCCAAAACCCAGACUCCAAGAGUGCAACAUGGAGCCGUGCCUGGCCAGUGAUGGCUACAAGCAGAUUAUGCCGUAUGACCUCUACCACCCCCUGCCUCGGUGGGAGAGCAGCCCUUGGACCGCCUGCUCCACUUCCUGCGGCGGGGGCGUCCAGAGUCGCUCGGUUUCCUGUGUGGAGGAAGACAUGCAGGGGACCGUCACGGUGACGGAUGAAUGGAAGUGCCUCUACGCCCCCAAGAUGGCCGUCUUGCAGCCCUGCAGCGCCUUUGACUGCCCCACCUGGGUGGCCCAGGAGUGGUCACCUUGCACCGUCACGUGCGGUCAGGGUCUGCGCUACAGGGUGGUGCUGUGCAUUGAUCACAGGGGGCUCCACGCGGGGGGAUGCAACCCUGCGACCAAGCCCCACAUCAAGGAAGAGUGCCUGGUGACCGUGCCCUGCUACAAAACCGUCGACACGCUCCCCGUGGAGGCCAAACCGCCGUGGCAUAAGCAGGCCAUCGAGCUGGACCAGGAGAUCGUUGUAACCGAGGAGCCCGACUUCAUCCCCGGUCCUUGGCAGCCCUGCAGUAGAACGUGCGGCGUCGGGACCGAGCGGCGCACCGUCAAGUGCCAGGUCUUGCUCUCCUUCGCGCGGACUGUGGCCGACCUCCCGGACGACGAGUGCAAAGGCGUCAAGCCUGCGACGGACCGGGUUUGCUACCGGACUCCCUGCCGGAACCCGGAAGGCGACGACGACCGAGACGCGGAGAAGGGGGAGGACCGGGAGGAGGAGGGGCCGCACGAGUGGGAGUAUGACGGGUUCACCGAGUGUUCCAAGAGCUGCGGAGGAGGUGUGCAGGAGGCUGUGGUGAUCUGCCUAAACAAGCAGACCAGGGAGGCGGCAGCGGACCAGAGUUGGUGCGCGAGCACCGGGAGGCCCCUGCCACUCCUGCAGGACUGCAGAACGCAGCCCUGCCCCCCGAGGUGGGAAGUGGGGGAGUGGAGCCAGUGCUCCGCUUCCUGCGGGGUCGGCCUGAGGUCCCGCACCGUGGCGUGCGUUCUCGGGCCGCCGUCUCAGGACAACAGCACCUCGGAGAUUUUGCCAAAUGAAAACUGCCGCGACCCAAAACCGAACCCCGUGCAGGCCUGCAACCGCUUUGACUGCCCUCCUGUGUGGGAGACGCCGGAAUGGGGGCAGUGCUCCGGUCCUUGUGGCGACGGAGUCGAAAGGAGGCCCGUUCUGUGUAAGCAGCGCUUGGCUGACGGGACAAUCCUGGAGCUGCCGGACACGUUUUGUCCCUCAAAGAUGCCACCAAACCAGCGGGCGUGUAGCGGAGAACAGCCGUGCCCACCUCAGUGGGUCACAAGUUGGUCCCAGUGCUCGGUGACCUGUGGAAAUGGUAUGCAGAGGCUUGAAGCACUCUGCGGGAAACAAGGGGAGGAUGGACGAUCUCGGACCGUCCAUCCGAGCAAUUGCUCCUCUCUAGCGCGACCCACCGGGAUCCGACUGUGCUCUUUGAGGCUCUGCAAGAAUUCACCCAACCCCAGCCCUGCCAUCCUCGCGCAGAGGAAUGUGUACAUCCAGUGGCGGACGACCAAAAAGGUCCAUUUGGUGGUAGGCGGCGCUGCCUAUCUGCUCCCUCGGACAAGUGUGGUCCUGCGCUGUCCGACCCGCCACAUCCGAAAGGCAAAUAUCCGAUGGCUGAAAGAAGGAAAGCCUCCGGGGAGUCUCCCGGGUCUGUCCGCGACUCCGAUGGGAUUAGUGAAGAUCCAGCAUGUUGGCAAUUCUGACGGCGGGAGGUACACCUGCGUCGCAGGCCAAGCCGAGGAGCAUUUAGACCUACGGGUGAUCGGUGCCGAGCGGAGGUUGCACAGACCGCAGGCGGAGAGGGUACGGGAGCUGUCCCUCUUCCCUACCGGGUACGACCACGUUGUCCAACGCUUGCUGCAACUCAAGGCAGCAAAAAACAAGACCGCCUCGGAAGACCGGCGGGGCGCUUUGGAUAUCCCCGAUGUUGUCGUUCUUGAUAGCCAGAAGCUGGAUGAGAUCGACACCCUCAGAGGACAAGGGGAGGAAGUUAUUGCUCUGUUGCUCAGCAAGCUGACCCCGUCCCACUACCAAACCAAUGAGUCAACUCAUCAAAACCCAGAAAUGGAUUCAGCCUCCGCCCAAGGGCCUCUUUUGCGUACACCAAAGACGAAAAGCUACUCAACCAGGUCCAGAAGCCCGGUGAUCAUCCAGAGCCCCCCGAAAACUGCGACGGUGUUGUCCUCCGAUGUCACGGUGAGUAUAGGCGCGCCGGUAGUGCUGCGGAAGCCCUACGCCAGUUUGGAAAUCAAGUGUGAGUCUGUCGGUUCCCCGGAACCAUCCCUCACCUGGACCAAAAAUGGAAAACGGUUGCGCUACGACAGCAGAAUCGACAUAUCGCCGGGCGGCUCGCUGAAGAUUCGGUCCCCGAACCGGGCGGAUGAGGGUCUGUACACCUGCACCGCAAGGAAUCGACUCGGGACCUCGUCGCGCUCAUCUUGGCUGCAGAUUGCGGCAGGCAGCGGAAGGAACUGCGUCCAAGCCGUCCGAGCCAGCGGCCCCGUCGUUUGCCCCGAUCCGAGCGACGGCAGCAUCCAGCCGGCUGCGAGCAGGUCGGCGGCGGAAAUGCACCGUUUGGGUUUCGGAACGAUUGGAGGACUCAGGAAAGUCUCUCCCGGCAGUUGGCGCGCGGACCCGUGGGCGCCGUGCUCGGCCAGCUGUGGCGGCGGCUCCCAGACCAGACGAGUGCGCUGCGUGGAGAGCGGGUCGAGGGAGGUGGCGCGCCAGCGCUGCGCCAGUGCGGGGCGGAGACCUUCGGAUGCCAGGAUAUGUAACGUUCAUCCCUGCGCCAGUUGGGCCACAAGCACCUGGGGGGUGUGUCACGGUCAAUGCGCGGGGUCAAGUUCGGCAGCGCAGUACCGCCACGUUUUCUGCCGAGACAGAAACGGCACCGAGGUCCCUUCCGGGAUGUGCGGCGGCCUCCGACGACCGAGCUCGGCGAGGAACUGCUCGGCGGACGCCUGCGCCCCGCAGUGGCGGGUCGGACCGUGGACGCAGUGCACCGCCACCUGCGGCCGACACGGCUUCCAGUCGCGCCGUGUGGUCUGCGCGCAGCGGAACGGCGGAAAGGCGGCGCGGGAGCGCCGCUGCGUGCGGAGGCCUCGUCCGCCCAGCUGGCAGCGCUGCAACACGGCACCCUGCGGGCGAGCCCGAGAGUGUCGAGACAGCACCAGGUACUGUGAGAAGGUGCGAGAGUUGGACCUGUGCAUGCUGCCGCAGUUUAAGAGUCGCUGCUGCCACUCCUGCCUCGGCACCUGACGGACGAGGGGGAACGUCGGGCGCCGGGACCGUCGGCUUCGGGACCGCUUACCGGAGGAUUGCAUCACGCAACGGGCCUUUUCAUACCGGACGUGAUGUGAUAACCACUGGAAAACUUUUGCGAUACGUCUUCCCGGGCGACUCGUCUCGGCCAAAGGAAAAAACAAAAAACUCCAAUUGAAUAAGACAGGAGCUAGAACUGAAUGUUGUGUGUGUGUGUGCGUGUGUGUGUGUUGGGGGGGGGGGAUUCCUUCUGGGGUUGCACUCAUGACUGAAGAAAAAUAGGAGGGGGGGGGGGGACUUUUUGCACUCGAAAUCAACUGAAGUCUGACCAUGUUGAUUUUUUUUUUUUUUCAUUACAUUGAACUAUUUUGCCUGGUGAUUUCCAAAUGAUUUCUCUAGAUAUGUAUUUUAACCACUUUUUUUUUUUAACAAUGCUUUUGCACAUUUAGUCGUGACACGUCUCCUUAAUUCCUUUGACUCUAAUUCCUCCCUUUUGGCUCACGCGCGACACAUUAGCGGAAAAGCUAGCACAACGUCGGAAAACAGCAAGAUUGGAGCGUCCGCAUUGCUGUCAUUUUUCACUUUUCUUUUUUCGUACAUAUUUAAUCAUUUGUUAUUUAUUCAGCAAAAUGGGCACUUUGUGAUACUAGUGCAACACGUUUAAGAACGGGGCGACUACUUGGCUUUUAGUUGAUGCUCAAUUGUUUGAUUUUAUGAGAAGGAACUGUCGUCAUAUCAUGUACACGCUUCAUUUGUGUAGAUAUGUAUUUUUUGCCUUAUUUAUUUCCAUGAGUCUCCGUGUGUAUAGUUUUGUAAAUAAACAAGGUUGGGUUUUACAUUUGAAGUCGCGUAUUGACGAUUGUUGUUUGAUGUACAUCUCGAGGGCGCCCCCCGUUGGUGACUUGAUCUCAACUUUGUAAAAGAAUAAAAUGAAGCACAUUCCUUUUACAA